CUGUCGCGCACAAACAGUUCAGACGGCGUAUACGGCAACUUCGACCAGUCCUUCGACCAGGAAUUCCCCGUUGUCGACCGUCUGACCAUGUUCGAUAUCUUGGAGAAUUUGGCCCUGCCCCAGCGUCUGGAGCGCAUGCAAGAUGCAGUUCACAACCAGGCUGAGAAGCUGCGUAGUCAGCGUCGAAAGCUGCAGCAGCGUGCCGUGUCGAGCAAGAAAAUCGUGGUUGAACAGUGGCGGAAAACGGUGCCUAUUGCACCAGAUGAGCAGCUGGCUAAGUACCGGCGGCGAAUGAGGCUGUCCAUUGAUCGUCUGAAUAAGCGGUGGCACGAUGCGAAGACCGUCACUCUCAUGGAAAAGAUAUCCUUCGUGACCGCGUGCUUGAACAUCCUCAUAUCUGGAUAUCUGAUAGGCGCAUUUCCCCAGUACUUUCACUAUUGGUAUACAGCACAGCUUGUCUACUUCAUGCCUAUAAGAUGGUACAAGUAUCACAAGAUCGGCUUCCACUACUUCCUCGCAGAUCUGUGCUACUUCGUCAACAUGCUUCUCAUCCUGGCCAUCUGGUUCUUCCCGCAAUCGAAGCGACUUCUCAUAAGCACAUACUGUCUGGCGUUUGGCAACAAUGCAGUCGCAAUUGUCAUGUGGCGAAAUAGUCUGGUCUUUCACAGCCUGGAUAAGGUGACUUCGCUAUUCAUCCAUAUUAUGCCAUGCGCGACGCUUCAUGUACUCGUCCAUCUCAUCCCGGAGCAGAUGCAGCUUGAGAAGUUUCCGGCCAUUCAUACGAUCAAAUAUUCCGCUCCCGAUGCGCCUGAGCAUUACACUCUCAAGGACAUGGUCAUCUGGGCAACACUUCCAUAUGCCAUUUGGCAGAUUUCAUACCACUUCAUGAUCACUGUUCGUAAGCGAGCCAAGAUUGCUGCUGGUCGGCCGACAUCCUUCACCUGGCUCAGAAAGAGCUACGCGGGCAAUUUUCUCGGCAAAUUCGUAUUGUCAUUUCCUGAAGCCUACCAAGAAACAGUCUUCAUGUUUAUCCAGUACUUCUAUGCACUUCUCACAAUGCUGCCAUGUCCUCUCUGGUUCUGGUAUCGAUGGGCAUCGGCUGCUUUCAUGAUGGUCGUAUUUACCUGGUCGAGCUGGAAUGGUGCUACAUAUUACAUUGAUGUGUUCGGCAAACGAAUGGAGAAGGAGCUGGAGCAACUACGGAAAGAGGUGGCAAGAAUGGCGAAGAGCCCAGAG